UCUCUGACGCGCUAUCCACCUUUAGCUGAGAGUGGUUACAACAAGAACGAUGCCAUGUUGCUCAGCCCAUUCUGGCUCGGUCGCUAAUAAGACCGUAUUGUACCCGCCGUAUCGUGCCUUCGAUGCCGUCUAUUUCGAUGCGUUCAUCGCGAUCUCAAGAACUACCUACCACGAUUCUUGUGUGAAUGCUCGCUACCUCGAUCACGACAAUGGGCAGAAAUCAUCAUGUCUCCCUCUUCGUAGUUCUAUUAGGCCUCUCGCAACUCGAUUCUACUGUAGCCGCAUCCAAGAAAUGCUUCGACGGCAGCGGCGACCAGACGCACCAGCUCCCGUGCACCUCCGAUUCGCAAGCCGACGGCAUAUGCUGCGACGCGGGGGACAUUUGUCUGAGCAACGGGCUGUGCAAAUACGGACCCAGUGCAGCAGGCCGGAAUGCGUCGAUUGAUGUCGAUACAUAUCAACCUGGCUGCACUGAUCAGAACUGGGAUACCGAGAAUUGUUUUUCAGGGUGCAACAGUCUGAAAGAACCCCUCGUGCAAAGCUGCUACGACAACCGGUACUGCUGCUAUGGCGCCAGUGGCUGCGACUGCUCGAAAACCUCCCUCUUCGAACUCGAUGCCGCGACCUUCGUCACCACUUUACCGCUCAGCUCGGCCACCGCGACGGGUAGCCCAGCCAGCAAUUCGGCAACGCCGACAACCUCCUCGGCGCAUCCGUCUACGGCUACCGCGUCGUCUAGUUCUUCUUCUUCUUCUUCGUCGUCGUCGUCGUCAUCGUCGUCGCCUUCAUCCUCAUCACAUCUCAGCACAGCAGUUGGCGCAGGCGUCGGCGUCGGCCUCGCCGUCGUCAUCCUCGGCGCCCUCUCAGUCUUCCUGUUUCUGCGCCGCAAGAAGAAACGCAGGGCAGCCGAGGGAGCACCCUACCGGAAGGGCCAUCUGAUACCUCUACACGAGGUAGACGGUGACUCGGCGCCCCAGGAAGUCGAGCACAGAAUGGUGCCGCAGGAGCUGGAGGGAGGUGGCGGCGAGCAGAUAAAAUUCAGGAAUGGUCAGGGCCAGCUUACACAGAAGAGUUGGCGCGAAUGAAGAUUGAAUCAUCUGUGGCGGCAAACGAUCUCGAGACCACCGUGCGACAUCACUCCCACUGCUGACAGAACGCCAAUGUAGUCGCAAGCUCCAUUCGAAGACAAGAUCCACGUCUCAUGAACAGAUCGGAAUUGCGAGUGGGUCCUCAUCAUAGUAGUUCAACGAUCAUGGACCAGAAUCAUGGCAAAACCUGCCUUCUUGUGGUGUUCAAGGCCGGAGAGAAACGAAAUCAAGCACGUAGCGCCACCUCGAGAGUUACCUCAUUUGUCUGCUUAUUCAGGCCGAGCUCAAAGCUUCGACAGGAUGGGAGAACUACAAUUCUCACGUACCUAUCGUUCGUGAGGCUUCGUGUGCUUUUGCAAGCCGUGGCAGACCGCCAUUUAGGAGCUCGACGCGGUGCCGAAACAGAUGUACAUAUUGUAAUUGAGUUUCGGACACAAGCUAUCCAUCUCAAGUAAAGAUAAUUGUCAUUACCAGU